CCCUGCUCGCAUGCCGUUGUUAGCCCAUUGUAACCCAAACAUGGCGUCGACCGAAGCUCAACCUCGGUUUGGGCAGUCCGUUAAAGGAUUAUUAUCUGAUAAAGUGGGUUCUUGCAGCGUAGACGCGAUCGCAUUGACGCGCCAGGUGCUUAAAGUUUCCCGCAGCCAAGAGCUUCUCGGUCAAGCAGCCAGAAAUAUGGUUAUUCAGGAGGACGCCAUCCUACACUCAGAGGAUAGUCUCCGGAAAAUGUCCAUCAUCACUACGCACUUACAAUAUCAGCAGGAGGCCAUCCAGAAGAACGUGGAGCACUCUCAAAACCUGCAGGAUCAGCUGAUACACCUGCUCAAGUAGACGAGCACGUCGGGUUGUUUUUUUUCCAUACAGUCGUCGUAUCUCCCCGUAGCAAGAUAGCAAUGUUUUGUUUUGACGGGACACUGACAGCUGUGAGUAAUUCUGUUUAUGAUUGUGAUUGUGUAGGACAUUUUUGACAGUGCCAUGCCCCUUUCGAAUGUGCGCCAGUUCGUCCGCCUCAGGAUGAGGCAUUCUGAGAGAGAUUUUCUGUGUGUUUUUGAUCAUUUAACUUCCGUUUUGUGGGCGACUUACAAAUGUAUUCUCAUAUUCCGUUGUGAGCUUCUGUUGCUCAUCAUCCAGUUACAAGAAGGUGUUGACGCUGCACUUAGGCGUCGUACAUUUACUGCAAGUGUUCCUGAUCGUCACUGCGAUCGUAAAAUGUGACAGAGGAGUGGGAAGCGGAGCUGUGCUCUGAUGACUUCAUGUCCUGUACAUGUGAUCGUAAAACGCUGCAACAAUUGCUGAAACUGCUGAAGUUUAUAAUUGUCUUAAACAAGAUCGCACCUCUUCCGUUAAGGUACGCAAUUUUGUUCAGUGUUCACAUGGAGUUCAUGGGAUAGGCGUACAAAUGAACAAGUCAAUUUUUUAACCCUU